AUGCACUUCCUCUCUCGACGCUCUGCGGAACCACCAAGGUCAUCUUCUGAUUUGGAUAUAGCUGGAGGGGAAAGCGCUACAACAGACACUAGUACUACUUACCAGGAAAAAUAUCCAAAUCGCGUUCUUAAACGCGUCACGACCCUCUUCAACCCUCGAAAACGAACUUCCUCCAAGAACAGCAGCCCCACGGGCGGCUACGGGGCAGUCGGAUUCAUUCGUGAUGCCGCGGGUGCAGCAUAUCCCCGACCGUCUAGUGAUUCCUCCACUGCAUCACCAGACGAAAUUAGGAGACCCAGCGGCCUCGGACGCAGGGCCAGUUUAAUGGAGUCUUCACAAUUACCCAGUGAAAAUAUCAGUCUAGAGCGGUCAAACGGAAAUGAAGGAUUGCUUGCAGAACACGCAACACACACAGGUGUCCCAAUCCAGAGCCUUCCUGUGGAGCUGUUAGAGACAAUUCUGUCUUUCUUGCCCAAGCUCGAUUUACUGCGUAUCGCCCUUGUUUCGACUCACUUCUGCGACGCGUCGCGCAAUACAUUAUAUCGGACACUUGACUUCCAAUCGAUAUCAGAGCCACAAGUUGAAAAGCUUUGUAGAACCCUUGCCGCCCAUGCGUCUCUCGCUGCAAGGGUCCGAUCUUUCUCGUGUCAUUUCUGGCCAGCAACAACGUCAUCUGAGGGCCAUCUCACACCAUCUCUUGAUCUCACGAAGGCGUUGCAUAAUAUGUCGAACUUGGAAUCUCUUACGCUACGGACAUUUGUUCCAGUAUUUUCGCAGUCGCCUCCCCUUUCUUUCCAAUUGAAGACACUGGUCAUCCUCGAUGACACAAUUUCUGUGGAGCAAAUCAUCGACAUUAUACAUUUCCUCAGAAAUCAAACCUCCCUACAAUAUCUAGCUUUUCCCAAUGUCGUCGAGAAUACCUUCUUACCUGAAUCUUCCUUCCAUCAACACAUAUUCGCAUCUGGUCUCGCACGAGAAACCAUACUGCCAUCGCUUUCUCAACUGCAUGCUCCUCCACGACUGAUGAUGACAAUAUGCUCCUUACUGGGACAAACACUUCAAACUGUUGUUUUGGACAUCACCACCACGCUGUACACGGGUUUACGGCCUGCCGCACUCCUCCGUGCAAUUCAAGGCGUCUCCAAACUGGAUGUAGUCUUCACUCACGAGGUGGACAAACGAACUGUUGAAAAAUUCUUGGGCGCUGCCGGUGGAAUUCUGUCAGGUAGCGGCGCUGCCAACAGCCGCGGCCUCGUCGUUUUGGAGGUAGAGGUUCUUUGGAUGGAAGACGACACCACCGAAAUACUAUAUGGCAUCAUCGAUUCAGUCAUAUCGCGUUUUAAUGGCUUGCGCACGCUCAAGCUCACCACACCAUUUCGUUCCAGACAGUCACAACUGUUGACGCCCCCAUUGUCUGGCUCCCUCCAAUCGACAGUACCACCCCAUAGUCCCACAACGCCCCCGCCUAGCCUUUCCUCAAUGCUGAUUACUUCGCCUUUGGGCGUUGUCCUAUCAAGCGACUUUGUGAGCUCAGGUACAGAGAAGACACAUGCCAAAAUAUGGACGAAAGCUUGCUCUACGCUAAGUGACAUCCAGUUUUGUUUUCCGGAUCCAUCGCCGGAGGCAGACGUUGCACUAUGCGGAGUCUGGUUCCACAGGAAAGAGUGA